AUUUCCCCCUCCUCCACCUCAUCCCACCUUCAAUCACAUUCCCCAACUUGCUUUUGUAUAAAUCCCCUUCUCUUUCUCCACAAUUACAUAUAGACCUGCAAUUUGGAAUCACUAACUGUGUAAAGUAAUGGCAGACGCUAGUGGAGGAGGUCAGUACACGGAUUUUCCGGCAGUGGCUACUCAUGGAGGUCAGUUCAUUCGGUAUAACAUCUUCGAUAAUGAAUUCGAGAUCACUAACAAGUACCGUCCUCCCAUCAUGCCUAUUGGUCGUGGUGCUUACGGAAUCGUCUGCUCGAUGUUGAACUCUGAGACGAACGAGAUGGUUGCUGUGAAGAAGAUUGCAAAUGCUUUUGAUAAUUACAUGGAUGCUAAGCGGACGCUUCGUGAGAUUAAGCUUCUUCGACAUUUGGAUCAUGAAAAUGUAAUCGCUAUAAAAGAUAUAAUCCCCCCACCUCUACGCAGAGAGUUCUCCGAUGUCUACAUUACCACUGAGCUUAUGGACACCGAUCUUCACCAAAUUAUUCGUUCCAAUCAGAACUUAUCAGAAGAGCAUUGUCAGUACUUCUUGUAUCAGCUCUUACGAGGCUUGAAGUACAUUCAUUCUGCCAACGUCAUUCAUAGAGACCUCAAGCCUAGUAAUUUGCUACUGAAUGCAAAUUGUGAUUUAAAGAUUUGCGAUUUUGGGCUUGCCCGAACAAGUGCUGAGAACGACUUUAUGACAGAAUAUGUUGUCACCAGAUGGUAUAGGGCCCCUGAGCUGCUACUCAACUCUUCAGAUUAUACAGCUGCCAUAGAUGUGUGGUCUGUUGGUUGCAUCUUCAUGGAACUUAUGAACAAAAAGCCUUUGUUUGCUGGUAAAGAUCACGUGCAUCAGAUGCGCUUAUUAACAGAGCUUCUAGGUACACCAACUGAAUCUGAUCUUCGGUUUAUUCGGAAUGAAGAUGCAAAAAGGUAUCUUGCUCAGCUCCCUCAACAUCCUCGCCAGUCAUUAACAAAGACUUUCCCACACGUUCAUCCAUUAGCCAUUGAUCUAGUUGACAAAAUGUUAACAAUGGAUCCAACCAAAAGAAUCACAGUUGAAGAUGCAUUAGAUCACCCUUAUCUUGCUAGACUACACGACGUAGCUGAUGAGCCAAUCUGCAUGGAUCCUUUCUCAUUUGAAUUCGAGCAACAAGUUUUGGGCGAAGAACAGAUAAAAGACUUGAUUUAUCAGGAGGCAUUGGCACAUAAUCCGGGCUUUGCUUAAAAGCAAUUCCACGCCGACGGUAUCAAUUAUUACUAGAUAAAUGCAAAAUAAAUCUGGUGCUGAUGAUACCUCCAUAGUGAUCAGAAUCAUCCAACUGGACCUCAUUGAUGUAAACAAUUUACAGAUGAAUCGGGUGGGUGAUGGAUCAGUGUUGUAUUGUUUGUUUCUCCGGUUUGAAAUUGUUUAUUUAUUGCUUUUGGGUUCAUGGUUCUUGGUCUCCUUUGGAUACCAUGUCCAUGUGUGUUGUGUUGAUGAGUUUGUAAACUAGAUUUUAGAAUGGUUCAAUUGUACAAGUACCAGAGAUCUAUUUAUUGUUGCCUACAUUUUCUCAUGACAACUACCACUUGUCGCUCUCCUUUUAAUUCC